UUCUUUAAGUGUGGAAGAAGUGGAUUAAUUUAACAAUUUUAGUGUUUUAGAUGGUGAUUUGAUUUUAAAUUUACGUGCAAGUCAAUAUAUUUCGUUAAUUUUUACAUUUUUAAUUACAUUUCAAUCGAAGUUUCUAAGGAUCUAUCAUUACAUCAACUAAAUCAUGGAAGAGGAAUCAACUAGUGGGUGUGAAGUGUGUUCCGGAGAUUAUUAUUCAGGGAGUUCUGAUUCUGAUGAGUAUGUGGACUGUGAGAGGCAAUGUCCAGUAUGUUCAGAAUGGCACACUUACUUUCCAGGUAAAGCUUGUCCCGGUUGUACAGAGUUUUUCGAACAAUGCGUGAGAAACUUUGAAGAACCAAUUUGUUAUACGAGUGAAAACUAUUGCGAUAACAAGAAUCAAAAACGUUAUUGCAACUGUUGUCGAUUGAACAGAUGUUACAAAGUGGGAAUGAGAGUAAUAGAUGUUUAUGAAUACCUUGAUGACUAUAUAAAUGCUCUUCGAGUAAGGUUAAACGAAGGAUGCCAGGGGAGGAAACUUGACAAUGGAGUAAGGUGGAUGAAAGCACAAGAAGAGUUUUAUGACCUUAGAGAUAGUUUUCAUAAUUGGAUUUGUUGUUUCAGCGACUUUCAAACCCUGCGAAGAUGCGAUCAAAUUAGUUUAAAAGAAAAAUACAAAUACAGAGGAGUUAUAAUGGAAAUAGUCCAACAAUCACUAGAAGCGCACAUGGUGCUGAGAUUUGAGAAUUUCUUCUGGAAUCCUCUCAAAUAUCAGAGUUCCCUCAUCAUCGAUUUAAUUAGCGGUAUUUUAAAACUAACGCUGAAACUGCGCCUUUGUUACUAUGAUGGAGCAGACAUUAAUAAAAUGAAACUAAAGUUAAUAUUGAGGGACGACGACUUCAACGUUGAGUUAGGUAAGCUGGAAAAUGAUAACUUAACAGAGUUAAAGAAUAUGUUAAAUGAUAUAGAAGAAAAAUUUACAGAAGCAUCAAAGCAUUGUCUGGAAUUCUGUUGACGAGUACGACUUUUAGAAUUAUAUAUAUAUAAAACGUAAUAUACGUCUGUAAAAUGUAAAUGGAACCAUUCAACUUUUAAGAAAUAAUUGUAAUGUUUUCAAAUUUAUAUAUGUAUAUGAAAUGCUAUUGUUUAUUUUAACUUGUGAUAGUACACGUGGUAGAAAUGAAAUGAGACGAGAAAUUAAAUGAGCUUCGUUCAACCUUUUUAACUGCUUAUUCAAUGAACUCCAUUGUACAUGUUUACUUGAAUAAAUUUUAAAAAUUCACGUGUACAUUGUGUAGACAUUUUUAAUGUAAAAUAAAUUUCCUACUUGUUUACUUUGAAACAAAUCCUUGACAUAAAUUAAUUAAUCUACA